AUGUGUGUUUAUAUCUCUCAUGAAAUUUCAACAUUAGAACUUUUUCCUGAUGAUAUUUUCCUAGAAUUAUUUUCAUUUAUUAAUCCAAUUGAUCUUUAUCGUGGUUUUAUUAAUCUUAAUUCACGUUUAAAUAAUAUUUUAAAUGAUAUUCGUAUACGUAUUUAUAUUAUGAAUGAUGAUAAUUGUGAAGAGAUUAUCAAGCAUAUAAAUCUUCAACCAUUUGUUAAUCUACGUUCACUUUAUUUACCUAUGCCAACUGAUGAAAAAAGUUUAGAAAUUACAUCGAAUAGUCUACCAUUUUUAACUAAUUUAACCAUAAAUGACAAUACAUUUAAAUCAAUUCUAUUUGGUUCAAAUUUAUUUUUACAUCUUGUUACAUUGUGUGUUCCAUGUAUUUAUUCAUCAAUUUUAAAUCAAAUAGAAUCAAUGCAAUUGUGUUUAACUCUUCAUUCUCUUUAUUUAGGAUCCUGUACAAUUAUUAAUAAAUUGAAUAUUCUUCCAUGUUUACCAAAUUUAAAUUCUUUAGACAUUGUUUUAUUACUAAAUAAUCAAACUAUUCGUCAACCUGAUGUAAAACAUCAUAAUAUAUCUCAUUUAAAAGUUAAACUUCGACAACUUGAUCCUGAUCUUGAAAUUUUAUUAAAAUCAUUGCCUAAUCUUCAUCGACUCGAAUUCCUAUGGAAUGAAGCUCCUAUCAAAAGUUGGCAUAGUGGAACAAAUAGUUUUAAUUUUGAGAAAUUCUCUGAUGUUCUUGAAAAGGGGUGUGGGUGGGUGUGGAUGUGGGUGUGGGCUUAUCUCUUUUGAACUCCCAGAUCCACACCACACCCACACCCUCAAUAAAUAAUAGUUAACAUAUUGUCAACAGUUUAUAUUUUCCAUCUCGUUAAAUGCAGCAAAAACCAUCGGAUAUAAAAACCAUUUAUCAAUUAAUAUUCAUUACAGAAUUCACGUAAGUUUUUAUAUAAAAAUAAAUACAGUAAAAAACAUCUUCAGUUGCAUUUCUAACGAAUGAUACAGGCAUAAUGUAUUCUCAGAUAUUUUAUAAUACAAAUAGGAAUAUUCUAAAAUUUAUAACGCCACACUUGUAUCGUAUAAAUUGUCUAAGUUUUAUUGAAAAAUAAAUAAAUAAAAUAACAAACUUAACAAACUUUGUUCGAUCAUUACUGUUUUAACUUGAAAAUCAACGUGUAUGAAACUGAUAUUGCAUGAAUUUCAAAAAUUAUCGACAUUUUAUGAUAUGUGAUAGCAAAAAGUUAUUAAUUCACGUUUGCUAUCUGCACUUUCUAAUCUCAUGUAAAUGUACAAAAUAAAAAAGAACAAGAAUUUGAUUUCGGUUUUAUGAUUUUCUGCAAACAAUUUUUAGUGGAUAGAUAUAAAGUGAGUUAAGAGUAUUAACACAGACCUUCAUUUUUAUUACUGUUAUUAUACAUUUGUGACCUUGUAAUUCAGAAAUGUUAUUCUAGAUAUAUUCAAAACGAUGACAAAUCAUUAUGCACUCACUAUUUGACAUGAAUUAAGAUUUUUCCUAUUCCCUGUGAUCUUUCUCUGAUUCUAAUUUUCUCUUGUUUUUCGUUAUAAUCAUCAUUCAAACCAAAAAGAAACUGUUUUUUGCAUCCUUUUUCGAUUUUAUAUAUGAAUGAUUAAAACAACAAGAGCGCCGGUGUGUGGAUGUGGGCGUAAGUAUGUAUGUAAAGAAGAACACCAACGCCAACACACUCACACCCUCGAAUAUUAAUAUGAACCCAAAAUCACGAUUACAGUACAGAUAGAGCGUGGGUGUUGAUGAAGAUAAAACACAGAACCACAGCCUUAGCGCAGUAAGUCAUGAUUCAUGUAAUUCUCAAUAUUGAAUCGAUUACAAACUAUAUACACUCGUGAAGCGUUAUAUUUCUUCAGGAAUCUUUAAAAUUGUUCGACAAUAAUAUCUAGUAGAAUUCCAUUUAAUUAGAAGCAAAUAUAUCAUAAUAUUAAAACACUCUUUAUCAAACGAUUGAGUAUGUGAGGGUGGGUGUGUGGGUAUGGGUAUGGAUAUGGAUAUGGACUUAGUUCAUUCAAAGCCACACCCUAAAUUUGAAAAUUGUAGAUGUAGGUUUGAGUGUUGAUAUGAGUAUAAAUCCGGUAAGUUUUGAAAGUGUGAAUUUGAAUGGAAGUUUUCACUGAGCCCACACUCAUAUCUGUCGAAGUUACUUGAUAUAGGAUUGAGAUCUAAUAUAUAUUGACUCACAUAACGGAAUGUUCGUUUUUUUUUGCUACACUUUAAGUAUUUCUAACGGGGAUUAAUUCCUAUACUCUAUUUGACGAAUACAAAUCGAUUAGCUGGAUUUUCUCAAAACCGAGGGUGCGAGCAUAAUUUACAAUGAUCGCUGAAUAACAACACACUCAUCCUAUGCAAACACAGUUUAUUAUAAUCGUGCUUGGUGGAAGUGACAAAUAAGAUGAAUAUUGUGAUAUCGUCUCUCACUCCCAUAUCAUAUUAUUUCAUUCAUCGCUCUCUAAAACGAAAAGCAAAGUGCUGAUUCUUGGAGAUGUUUAUUACGGUAUGUCGACACCGAAUUCAUGAUAGAUUGAGCACGCAUUUUGUUGAAAGAUCGAAUUUCAAUACUAGAAUAUCGGAUAUCACUUCUGAAAGUUAAUAUUGUUAUUUCUUCUCACUGAAAUCGAAAAGAAAAUGAUUGACUCAUUUAGAGAUUUUGAAGCCAAGCACGAAUUCAUCGCUGACAUGAUACACGAUCUGUUAUUGCAAUAGAUCGUAGCUUAAGGAGGCUGUCUCCUCCCAAACAUAUCCUCAAACUUUGCCAGUUUGUAGAGAAUACCUUCAAUGGUAUGGCCAUGCAAUAAAAAAGGGAUGGCAAAUGUUUGACGGCGUUAUUAAUUAUGUAACUAAAUAAUUAAUUAAAUGUUUUAGUUUGGAAAGCAUUUUUAAAAAUCUUUGUAGUGUUUUAUGUGAAUGUUAAUUUCAGUUGAUUCUGGUAUAGUUUUGUAGAGAAUCAUCUAUAAAAAUAAUUCCACAAAACAAAAAAUGAACUUUUGUUGUGUCAUUUAAUUAUUAAUUAGUUAUAAUUAACGCUAAUUAAUAGCACUCUAGUGUGGAAAGUUCGUUAUCGUAACUUUAGAGUAAGCCGAAAACAUUCGUACUAUACAUCGUUUAAUAGAGCUCGAAAACAUCUAUCGAUUACACCAGUCAUCUUUUGUGGGAACUUUCAUUUUCGAAGAAAAUCACUGGAUAUAAUGCAUAGCAAGAUGGAGAGUGGGGUCUUAUUUGGUAAUUUUAAUCAUCAUAUAUUCGUUUAUGACCGAAAUGGGUGUGGGUGUGUCUUUUAACAAAAAAUAUCCUCACCCUCACCCACACCUACACCCACACCCCACCCACACCCUCACCCCACACCCACACCCACAUCCACACCCCACACCCCACAUCCACACCCACACCCACACCCAUUUGGGACACCGACGAGCGACUAGCUGGUGCACUGGAGAGUUCCUUUAUGAAGAGGAUUAAAUUAUAAGAAUUUAAGAAGAGAAUCUGAAGGGGUUAGAUCUGAUGAGUUUCAAAAGACACUCAAAGUGAGAAAGAAGAAGAGAUUUUUUGUAUGUAUUAUGAGACUGGUUCUUCUCGAAGAAUAGAAUAUAGUGAUAUCCUGCUGAUGGAAAGCAUCAUUAAAACAAUUGAACUCGCUUCAUUGAAAACGAACUUGAAUGGAAAAGAAUUAGUUUUUUGAUUCGUAUAUUUUUUUGUAUAUUUAGAAUGUGCAUUUACUGAAGUAGAUCAUCAGCUAAAACAGUAUGUGGCUUUUUUGAUUUUGCAUAGACGUAUGAAAAAGCAGAGAAUAAUUGGCAAUUGUGUAACUGUUUACGUGUUAUGAAAAUAUUUGUCUAUUGAGUGAGUUAUAUGUAGUUACUGUGGAAUGGUUUUUGGCUAUUUAUCAAUGAUAUAUAGGGGAUAAGAGUGAAAAUACUAUUGAAUUUAGUCGUGUUUAAUACUUAUAAGAAAGGUUCUUUCGUGUUUUUAAAUCAAUGAUCUGAGGAAGUAUAUACAUGGAUAGGCGUGGGUCUCAAACGGGGAACUGGUAUUAGUUUGUCAUAUGAUAUAAUUCCUAUUAUGAAAACUUAUACUUUUAAGCUGGCAUGUUUUCAGGAAUUCUGAUAUGUGAAAUGUCUAGCUACUGUUACUCGAAGCAAAUAGUUUUGAAAAGAUAUCUGUGAAUGAUGUCGUAGCUUUUGUAUCACAUGAACAAAAAGAGCCUGCUGUUCAAGUGCACUAAUGUAAAAGAAGAACUUAGCCGCGGCGGAUGCCCUAACGGGGCACCAGUGAACUGUUAAUGGUUAAGAUUGGAAACAUACUACAGACUGAUCUCACUAAAGGUCUUUGUAUCGAUCAGACAUUUUGAAGAAUAGUGCACUAAGUUUUCCCUAGUGAUAGCCUCAAAGAAAACUCUGAUCUUCCAGCUAUACAACCAAAUUGCGAAGAUGAGAAAUAAUCAAUGAGAAAACAUCUGUUUGAAAAUUUCUGUCGAUCAUUCUAACUCUUUUGAUCUGACGAAUUUUUGAAAUAAGUAAAUCUUGAGACAAUCGGAAGUAAAAUACAGAGGGAUAGUGUUAUGAAAAGAUGGGAUUAGACUUGGCAACAUCUAGUCGCUCAUGGAUGUCUCUCCGGGGCGCCAUUCGCGGCUAGCUGCUGCACUGGGUUAACUCCAGAAGUGCCGUUUCGAAGUGUUGGGAUUCAUUGAAUAAAAGUCAACAGUCGUGGUAAAAUGGGUCUGAAUAAGGAAUAUCAAAUACAAAAAGUCGAAAAAACUAUGGCAGGUCAAGGAUGAGAAAUCGUUUUCAUGUUUGAACACAAUGAUUGAAAAGUUCGUCAGAACAGAAGCAUUACUGGAAGAAUUUACAUUUGCUGCAUCGGUAGUGAGCAUGAAUGAAAUAAAAGAGUAUUUCUUUUGGUAUACUUUUUUCUUUGUAUUCAUUCAAAUAUCUGGAUGUAUGCUGAUAUAUUCAUGUAUCCUGUC